AUGGAAGUGAAAUAAAAGGUUCUUUGUUUUCAUGGAUUUGGCACAAAUUCAGAGAUGUUAUCCUAUCAAUUGAGAUAGUUCAAGAAAGAAUUUAAAGAUAUUGAUUUCAUUACACUUAAUGGACCUAUUCCAUUAAAUAGGAACGUAAAAUUUUCUAAAAUCUUUUAGGUAAUUAUGGAUGAAAGUAUAGCCAAAAUGUUGGAGAAUUAGAAUAUUUACAGUUGGUUGAAUUUUAUGUAAUUUAAAAACAAUGAUAUUGAUUCAAGUAAGCUUAGAUUUAUAAACUUAGUAUUUUCUCCAGCACUAGAGGAAGUAGUGAAAAUAUUAAAGGAAUAAGGACCUUUUUUUGGAGUGAUGGGUUUUUCAUAAGGAUCUGCUAUUGCUGUUAGGUUAGCCUCUAAAAUUGCUGCUGGAGAGAUUGAUUUAGGCUAUGACUUAAAAUGCUUUAUUUUUGUUUCAGCAUAAGCAAACCAUAUUCCUGAAACAAAAUAAUUCUUAUGCCGAAUUCCUUCCCUUCAUUUAAUAGGGUUUAAUGAUUUUGUUGUGGAUAGGUAAAAAUAAAAAAUCUAUAUUAUAGAUCAAUGGGAUUAGUAGUACAAUUCCUAAAUCCCUAUGUUAUAUAUCAUAAUCAAGGCCAUAAAGUUCCUACAUUAACUUAUGAAUAAGUUAAAGAUCUAAAACGAUUUUUUGAGAAUCCCUUAUAAGAUUGGUCAAAAACAGUCUAUGUACCUAAAUUAGCUAAAUUGUGAUUAUAUAUAUAUUUAAUGAAGAUCAAUAUUUAGUUUAUCACAUAAAAAAUAAUCAAUGUAAAAAAAAAAAAAUACUCUGCUUACAUGGAAAUGGAGCAAAUAAAGAAUUUCAUUCAUAUUAACUAAGAUAAUUUGAGAAAGAAUUUUAAGAUUUAGAAUUUAUUACUUUAGAUGGUCCUAUAUCAAUUAAAAGAAAUGUCCAUGUUUCUUAGGUUGUAAUCCCCUAGAAUUUUGCCAAAAUGAUAGAAAAUAAACCACUUUUUACAUGGGGGAACUUUUUGAAAUUAAAUAAUAGCAAUAUUGAUGCAGGUAUAUUUAGAUUAGAUAAUCUUAGUGUUUUAGGAAUCAUUAGAUUAUGUUAUUAGAAUUCUUAGGGAAUAAGGCCCCUUUUAUGGAGUAUUGGGAUUUUCUUAAGGUUCUGCAGUGGCUGCUAGGUUAGCUACAUUAUUAUAGAAUAAAGAAGUGGAUCUAGGUUAUGAAUUUAAUUAUUUUAUAUUUUCCUCUGGCUCAAUGAUGAAUUUGCCUAAUGGAAGACUGAUCUUUUGCAAGAUUCCCUCUAUUCACUUUAUAGGAAUAAAUGACUUUUUAUAUGACAGGUAUUUAGAAUAUUUUAGAUUUAAGAUCUUUAGGAUUAUCAACAUAAUUUUUGAAUCCUUUAGUAAUACUUCAUGAUCAAGGGCACAAAGUACCUUUUUUAAGUAGGUAACAAAUACAAUUGUUAAAACAGUUUUUUAAUAAAGAAAAAAAAGAUUGGUAAUAAUAAAUAUUUGUUCCAAAAUUAUGA